UUUCCAAAUUGAUAGUGCUGACAGGAGUCUAAACCUUGAAAGAUGAUAAAUACUGAAUAGAACUAAAACUAUACGAUUAUGCAUAAAUGGCUGAAAAAGAGUUGUACAAAUUCUGUAAACGUCUUCCAGCUUGUUACUGAUGUUUAGUUUGAAAUCACUGUACCUGCCGCCCCAUUGACUAAUCUCAACAAUAAAUAUCCGCAAAACAGAAAACUGUUACACACAAUAGAUAACUAUAACCUGGGUAAAUCACCACAUAACGCUUAGUUUGGCACAAAGAAUAGACAUGCUAAGAUCAGAGUCUCUCAUUAGGCCGCAGCCAUUUCUGGGCGUUGAGUACGACGUGACAAAUAGACUAUGGAAGUCCACCACUUAUCCCUAUGGCAAUGUCUCAAACCGAUCUGUGGGCGAGGCUUUUCUUGAGUCUAUGCGGUCGCUGGACCCAAACACCAUUUUGGAGUAUCAUUAUGACCUGAAGAAGGAGAAGAGCGCAAGGGAUAUUUGCCAGGAAUCCAUAAGGGUGGCAUUGAAUUUACGACGGCUGGGGUUGGAAAAGGGUGACGUAGUUGUUUUGUUUACCGGAUACACAUACAUGACUUCUGCACUGACCUUCGGAGCCCUAUUGAUAGGGGCUGUUGUGAACUUUUUUGAAGUACAAUUGGAGCAAGAGGGACUGAUUGAUGUCAUGGCAACGAUAGAGCCUUCAAUAAUUUUCUACGAAGAGAGUUUUCGGCACAAAAUUGAAAGCUAUUUGGACCAAAAGACACGAAACUCCCUAAAAUACACUUUCCUUGUCGACGGGGCCGAAGCUGAUAGGUUUAGAGAGGAAGUUUUGAAAGCUUCCAGCGAAUCGAUUUACCCAAACUUCCGUCCAAUGAGUACAAUAAAUCCCCAAGAGGAUGUUGCUUUCAUAGUACUGACGUCGGGGUCGACAGGCACGCCCAAGGCGAUACAGUUGAGCCAUGCCGCCGUACUGAAUGGCAUGUACAUAUGGUGGGCAAACACUGACAACUAUGAACAGCUGAACUCCGAGUCGGUAUUAUUUUCUUUGAGUCCACUGCGAUGGAUUAGUCAGCUGGAGCUCCUACUGCAGUCGGCAAUUUUGGGCGUUAAACGCAUUUGUGCAAACCGAGCGGCCACUGGGUCGUAUGGCUUAAGCAUUUUAAAGGAAACGCAGCCUACACACAUUUUUUCCGUUCCAUCCUUCUUUUACGAGGUUCUGCUAGAGCUUGCAGAUGACGAUCGAAAUAGUUUGCAGUCGUUGAAGUUCAUACAACUGGGCGGAGAGUAUCCAUCGAAAACAAUUUCCGAAAAAGCCAAGCUCCAUGCACCUAAUGCCCGCCUUUACUAUAGUUAUGGAAUGUCAGAAGUUUCAGGAUCCAUAACAAAUGACGAGCACAUCAGUGGCGGGAAACUCCAACCUGGGUACCAAGUUCAAGUUUUGAAUGAUAACUUGGAGCCCCUGGGUUGUAACGAAUAUGGCCGUUUAGCAGUUGGCACGCCUUACAAAUUUCUGGGUUACAAAGGCGUAGAAAACACCGAAUACUUCCUACCCAAUGGAAUGUUUUUGAACGGUGACUAUGGAUAUUUUGACCGCGACAACAUUUUACACCUCUUGGCUCGAUAUGCAGAUUUAAUAAGAAUAGGAGGCAUUGUACUAAUACCCAAGGUAGUGGAGUCUUUGGUCAUGUCUGUCCCCGACAUCCAAAUAGCUCGGCUUGUUGGCAGUGCAAAAUCUGAUGAGGGAACCGAUCAGGCUGUUUGCUUGUUCCUGACAUUGCAGACAAGGUCGAUGACUUCAAGCCAACAUAUCCUUGAGAGUGUGAAACGUGUGUUGCGUUCAAAGCUACAGCCCUAUGAGUGUAACGUGAUCCACCACGUUGAAAUUAUUGAAAAAUUUCCAUUGACGACUUGUGGCAAAAUAGAUCGAAUUGCGUUGGCCCAGUUGGUCAGGAGAAGAUAUUUACCGAUCGAUGAUGAGGUCAGGUGCAAAUCGGGCUUUUAAUGAGCGAAAUAAAGAAUUUUAAUUGUUUUCCUGUUGCUGAUUGCGUCAAUAGCCGAUUAACCGGUUCUGACUGAAUAUUUGUGGGGUGCAUUAUCGAGGAAAAAGUAAUAAAAGGCAAAGGAUUAAUUAUUUUUUCGAUUGGUUUUUAUGUCAACACCGUUAUUCGUUAUUCUCUAUUAUCUUCUUCUUCUCUAUAUCUUUAAAAGAGGAAAAUGGUUUUAAGUUUGUUUGUUUGUAAUUUAUGGACUCAAAAACCGCUAAACAGAUUUUCCUGAAAAUUUCCCAAUAUUUGUAUACCCUCCACCAUACUAUGGAGGGUAUAUUAAUUUUGUCAUUCCGUUUGUAACUCCUCGAAAUACUCAUGCCAGACCCAACAAAGUAUAUAUAGGGUAAGUGUGCCUAAGUUCGGCAUCUCCCAGUAGUCGGCACUUUGUAUUUUUAAGCCCAAAUAAAUGAAACUAUUAUAACUAAA